AUGGCUGGCGUCAUAUCAAGAAGAGCCAUGGCGAGCGCCAGCAGGGCGAUUGUCUCGCCAAUUGCGAGAAUGCAGAGUCGCCGAUUGCAAUGCAAUACCAGACCAUUGGCAUACAGACAGUUCUCUGUGACAAACAGGCUCUCAUCAGCUGAUGUAUUCCACUCACAGCUUCAAGACCCUUCCUUCGCCGCAAUCCACUCCGCGAUCAAAUCGAAUACUCUCGUUCCUCAAACCCUGACCGAGAAGAUUGUCCAGAAAUAUUCUGUCGGCUUAGCAGAGGGCAAAUUCGUCCGAUCGGGAGACUAUGUUACCAUAUCUCCCCACCGAAUCAUGACCCACGAUAACAGUUGGCCUGUUGCGCUGAAGUUCAUGUCCAUUGGAGCAUCCAGGUUGAACGACUCGAAACAGAUCGUCAUGACCCUAGACCAUGAUGUGCAGAACAAGUCUGAGAAGAACUUGCAAAAAUAUGAGCAGAUUGAGCGGUUUGCAAAGAGUCAUGGUGUUGAUUUCUACCCUGCUGGAAGAGGUAUCGGGCAUCAAAUCAUGGUCGAGGAAGGAUAUGCUUGGCCAGGGACCUUGGUGGUGGCUUCGGACAGCCACUCGAAUAUGUAUGGAGGCGUAGGAUGUUUGGGGACACCGGUGGUGAGGACCGAUGCGGCCAGUAUCUGGGCUACGGGGAAGACUUGGUGGCAGGUGCCUCCAGUUGCUAGAGUGAACUUCACGGGAAUCCUGCCCAAGGGUGUUACUGGAAAGGACGUCAUCGUUGCCCUCUGCGGACUGUUCAACAAUGACGAAGUUCUCAAUCAUGCUAUUGAAUUUACCGGAUCGGAGGAGACCAUGCGCAGUUUACAGAUUGAUGAUCGAUUGACGAUAGCGAACAUGACAACUGAAUUUGGAGCUCUAAGCGGCCUAUUCCCUGUAGACGCCAUGCUAAAGGGGUGGUUACGAGCAAAGGCAACUACAGCUGCCAUGUGGGGAUCAACAGUCGCUGAUCUACCCAGCACAGCAGCUACUCGAUUCAACCAUGAACUACUGGAAGAGAUGUUUGAGCAACCUUUAGUGGCAGACAAGGGAGCUCAAUACGCCAAGCAACUCCAUCUAGAUCUCUCCACCCUCACCCCCUAUGUUUCUGGGCCUAACUCCGUCAAGGUAGCUACGCCCCUGGAUGAGCUUGAGGCGCAGAAUAUCAAGGUCGACAAAGCAUACCUCGUAUCCUGCACCAAUUCCAGAGCUUCCGAUAUUGCAGCAGCGGCGAAAGUGUUCAAGGAAGCUGCUGAGAAGAAUGAUGGUAAAGCCCCCAAGAUAGCAGACGGCGUUAAGUUUUACAUUGCGGCCGCAUCCAUACCUGAGCAGCGCGCUGCGGAAGAAGCUGGUGACUGGCAAACUCUCCUUGAUGCUGGUGCGGAACCCCUACCUGCCGGUUGUGGGCCAUGCAUUGGCCUUGGAACCGGCCUGUUGGAACCCGGAGAAGUCGGCAUCAGUGCGUCAAACCGGAACUUCAAAGGUCGAAUGGGUAGCACAGAAGCGAAAGCCUACCUUGGUAGCCCUGAAGUGGUAGCAGCUAGUGCGCUAAGUGGGAAGCUGAGUGGGCCAGGAUGGUACGAGAAGCCCGAAGGCUGGACUGGAGUUGUUCGUGGAGAAGGCGAGGGAAUCAAGGAUGAGGACCUGUUGACCGCGGAGCAGGCGCUAGAGAAGGUUAUUGGACAGCUUGAUAGCAUGCUACUGGAUGCCGAGAAGUCGUUUGGCAUCGAAGGGCCACAGGCACAGCCAGAAGAAACAGCCACCCUGACAGAGGUAUACCCUGGCUUCCCCGAACGUGUCUCAGGAGAAAUAAUCUUCUGUGACAGCGACAACAUCAACACCGAUGGCAUUUACCCUGGGAAAUAUACAUACCAAGACAACGUCACUGUUGAGCAGAUGGGCGAGUACUGCAUGUCCAACUACGAUACCGAAUUCUCCAAAAUAUCCAAGGAUGGGGAUAUCCUAGUAACCGGCUACAACUUUGGUUGUGGAAGCUCUCGCGAGCAAGCUGCUACCGCCAUUCUUGCCAGAAAUAUUCCACUUGUGGUCGCAGGCAGCUUUGGCAACAUCUUCUCCAGGAACAGUAUCAACAAUGCCCUCAUGGGACUAGAAGUCCCGCGACUUGUCAGCAGACUGCGUGAGACAUUUGGAGAACAGGGGAAGCAGGCAACUAGACGAACUGGUUGGACAUUGACGUGGGAUGUACGACGAAGUCAAAUUGAGGUCCAAGAAGGCCCUGGUGGACAGAAAUGGACGCAGAAAGUUGGAGAGCUACCUCCAAACGUACAGGAAAUCAUAGCCCUUGGAGGGUUAGAAAAAUGGGUCAAGAACUCUAUUUCUACAUCUUCUUAG